AUGGAGUCUCUCAUACCAAUCGGCAUAAGCGAGUUCGUUCAAAUGUCAGAUAUAGAUGCGGUCCGUCUAUUUGGAACUGUUUUUCCGAAAGAAUUGUCGCACCUGAAGAAUGCACAUGUCACAGUAGAGUCCACCACAGCAACCGCAUUGGGACGGUUGGGAGAGAACGAGAACGAGACACCGUCAAAUGUUCUUUACAAGGAAGAUUUCCCAGAGGUUAAUCGCACACUCGUCAGUAUGCUGGCGAUCAAAUGGGUGAUCGGAAACGAAUAUACAUCUUUUACAGUCACCCAGAAGACCAACAAACUAUCAGAACGCUCUUUCCAACGCCUCCGCGAUUUCUACAACGAUCGUAUACGCACUACGGCUGACUUGCAUGCGUUGUUGAUUGCCAUGGUGAUCGAUGACAUAGGCAAGGAUCCUAAGCUUUCGGAGGAAAUGGCCCAACUGGGUGUUGACGCGUCCUACACGGAUCAUUCUGAUUUGGUUUACAAAGCAGCACAAGCGAAACUGAUUCCAUCUCUGAAUAUCAUCCCAGCCAGCUCCCAACAUGACGUUCUCGAUUGUCUUCAUAUUGGUUCAAAGUUGAAUAUUUCCCAGGCCGUCCAAGGAGAGUGCCCUCCUGCAAGCCUCGAAAUUCUAUCAAACUUGCAGGGGAAAGGCAACGGUGUUAAUCUCCGAGCUAUGGUGACAUUCCUUGAUGUGGCUGGAGCAGGAGGCCAUGCAGACACUCGCAGUUGCAUCGUGAUGGGCGAACCUGUUUUCCAAGCAUACAUGUCUGCCCUGGAUUCUUUCGAUCGUUUUUCUAAGGGUACAUUACUGUCACCACGCGCAUGCUACGACCAUAUCCUGGAUACCCGAGCAGAGAACCUCCGACAGCUAGGCUUUGAGUUUCCAGCCGAUGCAAAUGGAGCACGGGCGCUCUCUCGGUUGCUUUGUAUGGGUCGUGUGACCACUAAGGAACAAGCCUAUCAAUUUAACCAGGCACUUGAUCAACUCAGUCCCUCGGCCAAGAAAGAUCUUGUGAAUGGUCUCAAUGUGGACGGCAUUGAUGACGGAGUUGCUAUCGUUCCAUACUAUGCUCCUGGUCUGAUUGCUGAUGCCCUCAAAGGUACAGACAAAACGGAUGCCGUGGUUAUUCCAGUUCUGUCUGCCUUUUUCCGAUUUUUGGCAAAGGUUUUCGAUGGGUCUUCCACACAAACGGGAGUGGCAGGUGGUAUGAUUGAGCGCGACUUGAGCUUUGUGCAGGACACAAUCAAGAGUAGCAAUUUCCGAAACGAUCCUACGACAUUGGAUAACGUUUCGAUCCCGUGGAAGUAA